UCCAGGGCAUGUUUUGAGAUUUUUCUCUCUCCAUCCACUCCAGGCUAGGCUCGGAAGGUUUCUCAGUUUUCCAUACGGGCGAGAAAUGAGGAUCCAGGGAAAAGUUGCGUUAAUUACAGGUGCUGCUGAGGGCCUGGGAAGAGCUUUCGCUGAAGAGUUAUUGAAGAAAGGUGCAAAGGGAGUUGGUAUUGCAGAUGUCAAUGUCUCCAAAGGUAAAGAAACAGCAGGCCUUUUCUUGUCCAAAUACGGUCAUAAAAAGGCUAUUUUUCUUCAGUGUGAUGUGACGUCGGAAAAACAGCUUGAAGAUGCAUUCAGGAAAACAAAAGAGGAAUACGGGAGGUUAGACAUUGUUUGCAACAACGCAGGUAUCGGUGAUGAGAGGAAAUGGAGACUUAUGAUCAACAUUAACUUGGCUGCUGUUGUUCAUGGUACAUACCUCGCCAGGAAGUAUAUGAGUAAACAGAAUGGUGGCUCAGGAGGACUGGUGGUGAAUAUUGCUUCUAUGGCAGGUUUGAUACUCGGUCCUCUAUCACCUGUUUACACAGCAACAAAACAUGGCGUGGUGGGCUUCACAAGGUCGAUGGCUUCUUUUGAUGCAGCUUUCAGCAAAGAUGACAUCCGCUUAAACACUAUUUGUCCGUCUUUCUCUGAUACUUCAAUUAUCAACAAGACGGCGGCUCCAGAAUUCGUGGAUGGUAACAUCAUGAAACAGGUUGCCGGGACAUUUAAGUUGCUACCGGUGUCUCAAGUUGCUGAGGGCUUCAUGAGGUUAGUUGAGGACGAUGACCUCCAUGAUCAGGUCAUGAGAGUCACUCACGAGCGGGGAAUCGACUUCCAGAGGUUUAAACCAAACCCACCGAUGCCAAGUAAGAUGUGAAACUGAGAGAAGUUUUAAAAAGGGGGAAAAUUUGGACCAAGCAGGAUUUCUGUGUACUGGGCCCAAUUUCAUAGCGCUGCUAAGCACACAAAUUUGCUUAGCAU